GACGGCGGCAGCAGCGAGCAGGCAGGCGCGGAGCUGCCCUUCCAUAGGAGCCGCCAUUAGCGCUGGGACCCGCUGACAGGGUCUCGGCGGCGGCGGCCGGCGCGGCGCGGGGAGCGGAUCAGCCGGGGUGGGUCCCCGUUUGAUGGAUCCCCGGAUAGCCUGGUUCCAGCCAGAGCAGCUCGGCCCCUCGAACCGCCUGUGGAUGCAGAUCUGGGAGACCACGCAGGGGGUCCGCAACCUCUACUUCCAGCAGCAGCAGCAGCAGCAGGAGCAGCAGCAGCAACAGCAGCAGCAGCAGCAGCAGCAGAGCGCCCCCGCCGCGGCCGGCCCGGCCUCCCCGCCCGGCAUGUACCGCGCCCCCCGCGCCGACCCCCCGCCCGACUUCCUGCCGCUCGAGAGCGCCAACAACCCGCACAGCCGCGGCCACCGCCAGGCCUCGCCGCCCCCGGGGGCCGCCGCCUGGGCCCGGCCCGCGCGGGGGGCGCCGCCCGCCGCCGCCGCCGCCGCCAGCAACAAGAGGAAGCGCGACAACAAGGCCAGCACCUUCGGGCUCAACUACAGCCUGCUGCUGGGCCGCGCCCCCGCCCCGGCCGACGAGCCGGCCGCCCAGCCCGGCCUGGCCGAGCCGCUCUACACCGGCACCCCCUGGAAGAAGAGGAACUACAGCCAGGGAGUCGUGGGUCUUCAUGAAGAAAUCAUUGACUUUUAUAAGUAUAUGUCUCCCAGACCUGAAGAAGAGAGAAUGCGGAUGGAAGUGGUGAACAGAAUAGAAAAUGUUAUCAAAGAGCUCUGGCCUAAUGCAGAUGUGCAGAUAUUUGGAAGUUUUAAAACUGGGUUAUAUUUACCUACAAGUGAUAUUGAUUUAGUUGUGUUUGGAAAAUGGGAGACAUUACCUCUUUGGACCCUGGAAGAAGCUCUUAGAAAGCACAAUGUAGCAGAUGAAAACUCAGUAAAGGUUUUAGAUAAAGCAACUGUACCUAUUAUUAAACUGACAGAUUCCUUCACUGAAGUAAAAGUUGAUAUAAGCUUUAAUGUACAGAAUGGGGUUAAAGCAGCCCAGCUCAUCAAGGAUUUUAUCAAGAAAUAUCCUGUGUUACCAUUUCUAGUUUUAGUAUUGAAACAGUUCCUGUUGCAGAGGGACCUUAAUGAAGUAUUUACAGGUGGAAUUGGUUCUUAUAGUCUCUUUUUAAUGGCUGUCAGUUUCCUUCAGCUGCAUCCCAGGGAAGAUGCCUGUAUGCCCAAUGCCAACUAUGGUGUUCUUUUAAUAGAGUUUUUUGAAUUAUAUGGACGUCACUUCAAUUAUCUGAAGACUGGAAUCCGAAUAAAGGAUGGUGGCUCUUAUGUUGCCAAGGAUGAAGUGCAGAAAAGCAUGCUGGAUGGCUACAGACCAUCAAUGCUGUACAUUGAGGAUCCAUUACAGCCAGGUAAUGAUGUUGGGAGGAGUUCCUAUGGUGCCAUGCAGGUGAAGCAGGCUUUUGAUUAUGCCUAUGUUGUUCUGAGCCAUGCAGUUUCCCCAAUAGCUAAAUAUUAUCCUAACAACGAAACAGAAAGUAUAUUAGGGAGAAUAAUUAGAGUAACACAAGAAGUGGCCACAUACAGAGACUGGAUAUCCAAGCAGUGGGGAAUGCAAAGCAGAACAGAAUCUUCAUGUAAUGGUAAUGGAGUAACCUUGAUAGUAGAUACUCAGCAGCUGGACAAAUGCAACAAUAAUCUUUCUGAAGAGAAUGAAGCACUGGGAAAACCUAGAAAUAAAACUUCAGAAACACUUAGUAAACAUUCUUCAAAUUCUUCAUCAGGUCCUUUAUCAUCAUCAUCAUCCACACUGUCCAGCUCUAGUGAUGUAGAUUCUGAUGGAACACCUUGCAAAACCUCUAAACAGUUGAGUUGUCGUCAGUCUACCACAAACAGAGUGGGGUCACAAGAAGUGUCACUGGAAUCCUCCCAGUCAAGUGGGAAAACACAAAAUAGCCAAACAGCCAAUACAUCCAGCAACACGAACAAAUCUCAGCAUGGAUCCGCACGGUUGUUUCGCUCUUCUAACAAAGGCUUCCAAGGUCCAACAAACUCAAGCCAUGGUACCUCAGUCACAAACAAACAGCACCAAGGCAGCAAAUCACACCAUCAGUUUUUCCACGGCAAAAAGAGGAAACACAAGAGGGAUGCAGCCCUGUCAGACCUUUGUAGAUAGUUGCCUACUUUAUGACUGUUCUUCUGUGUGCAAUGAUCUCAUGCUACAGGAUAGUUUGAUAGUGACUCCUUGGAUCUCUUCUGGAGCUUCAGACUGUUCAGACAUAGAUUAGCAACUGCAUUUUUUUUUCCCAGCUCGCCACGGAACGGAACAUGAAGAUUGAUCACUGCAAAAAAAAAAAAAAAAGACAAAAAAAAAAGAAAAAAAGGAAAAAAAGGAAAAAAAUUAAUUUUUUUAAAUGAGGAAAAAGGCUGCUCAUUUGAUAAGUCAUAUGCUACAACAGGGUCAUUUAGGAUAUAAAAGCUUGAAUGUAAAAUAAAUGUAUUUCCCAUCAGCUCAUGCUGACCUGUAGAGAUAGUACUCAGUGUGUCUAGGGGGUGGUAACAAACAAAUAAAACACGAAAAAUAGGAAAAAAAAGGCAAAAAAUUGUAUUUUGAGGGAAACCCAGCCUUUAAAGGUGAAAGUAAUUUGUGCAUGAUUUUUUAAUUAUUUUUGCAUAUACUUACCAUUUUAUUGUGUAUAUAUAGAUGACCAUAUAGGAAAACUGACAUUUGUAAUAGUGGAUUUGUUAAUACUUUUUACAUAACAUUGCUGUUUAAAUUGUAAACAUAAAUUUUUCUCAGGAUUAGUUUGGAAAAUAAUCUGAAUUGUCAUCUUAACAUCCAUAUAAAGAGACAUUACUAGUUAUAUUGCUCAGAAUUUCUUUUCUUGGCAUUUGGAAGAUCUCAUAGAACUUCUGAUCUGCAAAAGCUGUUCCUCUGAAAGAAAGGUUUAUGGUGACAAAUGAAGAUUUUCAUUUGUAUAAAGUGUACAUGUACUUUGUGUAGACACUGAGCUUGUCAUCUCUGAGAAGUAACCUUCACCUUGUUUUCUAGAGUGCCAUCAUUUCAGGCAAUGGGGUUUUGUAGUUGCAUCCUUCUCUUCCUCCCCUUAGUGGUCUCUCCUCGACCCUUCUUUCUUUUUUUUAAAGAAACAACAAAAGGCCACUCGGGGUUUGGUUUUGGUUUUGUUGUUUUUUGGUUGGUUUUUUUUUCUUUUUUUUUUUUGUUCAAUUGAUGGUGGUGAUUGUUUUUUUUUUUAUUUUUUUUUCUUUUUGUUUUCUUUUUUUUUUUGUAUUUAAAAAAUACCAAAACAACAAAACUCAGUUUGUUACAGACGUUUGCAUUCCUGGGCUGCUUUAAUCCCAUGCCUCCUUGUUUGUGCCUUUCCUCCCCCUUUCAGGUCUGGGUUUUUUUGUCUUUUAUAUUUUUGCUAACUCCUGUAGGAGAUGAUAACUGUUGAAGCUUUAAGUAAAUUUUACAAUUAAAGUAUUUUUUUCUCACUCCCCUCUUAGGCAUUUUUAUAUAUACACUUAAUUAUUAAAAACAAAACAAUUUCAAAUAAUGAAAUAUACUUUAUAUUGCCUUAAAGACCCAAACCUUUCAUAUCUCAUAAUAUCUCUUCAUUGACCUAGUUCUCAUUUCGUUGAAACUCCACAUGUGUGUGGUUCAGUCACAUCACAAGUCGAGCUUGCAGUACCUUUGAUGCCAUGAAUGCGAAUGAAAUGGAAAAUUGCACUCACAGGCAUAGUUUGGAGCAGGAGUGGGGACACUUCAGUGGUAGAGAGUUAAGUGGCAUUUACUUUCACAUAUUUCUGUAAAGAGGAGAGUCUGUACUUGGCGUACCUGGCUGUAUUAAAUGCAGCAGUUCUGAGAUGAUGCUUUUAUAAAAAGUACUGUUAGCUUUGAGAAACUUUUUAUAUACAUUUACAGAAUACUACAGACCAACCUGACCUUUAUGGGCACUAAUGAGUGCAAUGAUUUUUAAAGUAAAAUGAGACCAGAACCAAUGUUAUCACUUAAAUUAAUAAACAUUUUCAAUGUGUUAAAGUGUUUUACUUCAAAAAGGAAAAUAUAUAUAUAUAUUCCAAAAAUACAGCAAGUCAUAACAUUUACUCCAACACUAAGCUUAAGCGAUGUUAAUUUGACAAUUUUUUUUUAAUUUUUAGAGUCAUAUUUUAAUUUGAUCAGAUAAUUUUAUCAAGAUGUUCAGCUUUUCUUCAUAGAAACUAGUGAAAGUUGUACCACAUUAUGCAUAGUCACUAUUUAUUUUGUUUUAGAUUAUUGUGAAUGUGUAGACUUAUGUUCACCGCUUAGGGAACAAUUAUUUAUAAAUUAUAUUAAUCCAGUAUUGUUAGCUGCUAUUAGCAAAACUGUUCCAAAACUUAAUACUUGCAAAGAUCUGUAUCGCAUUUACCACACUGAAGUGUUUUUAAAAGAAUCACCCUCAUUGUUGAAAGCAAAUGUACUCCUAGGGUGCAGAUAUUAGUGUUCCAAUAAGCAUGUGAUAAUUUUAAGGUGGUGGUAGCGGGAAGAUAAUCUUGAUUCCAUUGGGAAUCUUAGGUUUGCCUCAAUUUAUGGUUUUCAUAAAUUUAAUGGAAAAAAGCUUUUCCUGGACUGCUCAAGUUUCUUUUUGGUAAACAGUAUCUUUCUAAAAGAAAAAAAAAAAAAGAAAAAAAAAAGAAAAAAAAAAAAGCAUGAAGGAAAAAUUGAGGCAUUUUACAUUGCCUCAAAUGACCAGCAUUGUAUUCAUAAAAUACUGUAUAUCUUGCAAAAUUUAUUUAAACGGAACAGUUGAACUGUUCGUUUUUCAAUCUGAAGUAAAAUACUUUCAAGACCUUUUAGUUUGCCUGCUCAUUUGUCUUGUACAUUUCAUCUCUGUAUUUGACUCAAGUCUAAUUCCUUUUUGAGUUUCAAUACUUUUGUGAAGAUUUUGUGAAUAUAUGAAAAAAAUAAAUGUUUAAUCUAA